AGACGCAGGCGCCCGCAGCCGAGAAGCCAGAGAGAAAGUUCCCGGGGAGAGCUCGCCCCUGGGAGGGCCGACGUCGAGCCUGCUCGCCGCGAGGGUCUCAGGUCCCGCGCGUCCAGCCAGCCUUCCCGCUGCGCGCACUCGGCCGCCCGGGAUCGGCUCGCCGGGAAGCAGGGGAACAUCGCCGGCUGGCAGCCGGGGCGGCCGCCGCCAAACUUGGAGGAGGAGGAUGCUGCGAGUGGGCGCGGCGGCGCGGGGCGCGGGGGCGCACUGAGGGCUUCCCACGGCGCUGCUGCCAGGGCUGUGGCCGUGCGAGCCGGCCGAAGCGGAGCGGGCAGGUAGCGGCUGUAGCGCCAGGACUGCGCCAGCCCUGCGAGCCCGGGCCGCCAGCGCCACCGUGCCGGCGUCGCCUCCUCGCCACGGAGCCAUGGUGCGCGGAGCGCGCACGCGGCGAGCGGGACUCUGAGCUCCGGCCGCGUCGCGCGUCCCCACCUUCCCAAGGGGGCUCCCCCGCCGACCUCGCCCUCGGGCCAUGAGGCUUUGGCCCGGAGCUCCUCGCCUCUGAGUCGCGCACCGCCUGUUCCAGCCCCAGCGCCGCUCGGCCACUGAUUGCACUCUGGCCGCUGAAGCUCCCCAUCCUCUCCCAGGGACGGCACCCAGGCGCUCCGGGAUGGCGCUCCGCGGGACCCUCCGGCCGCUCAAAGUUCGCAGGAGGCGAGAGAUGCUGCCGCAGCAAGUCGGCUUCGUGUGCGCGGUGCUGGCCCUGGUGUGCUGUGCGUCCGGCCUCUUCGGCAGCUUGGGGCACAAAACAGCUUCUGCUAGCAAACGUGUCCUGCCAGACACGUGGAGAAAUAGAAAGUUGAUGGCCCCAGUGAAUGGGACACAGACAGCCAAGAACUGCACAGAUCCCGCGAUUCACGAGUUCCCCACAGAUCUGUUCUCCAAUAAGGAGCGACAGCACGGAGCCGUCCUGCUGCACAUCCUUGGUGCUCUGUAUAUGUUCUAUGCCUUGGCCAUAGUGUGCGAUGACUUCUUUGUUCCGUCUCUAGAGAAGAUCUGUGAGAGACUCCAUCUGAGCGAAGAUGUGGCUGGAGCCACCUUCAUGGCUGCAGGAAGCUCAACGCCAGAGCUGUUUGCGUCUGUUAUUGGGGUGUUCAUCACCCACGGGGACGUCGGGGUGGGCACCAUCGUGGGCUCCGCUGUGUUCAACAUCCUGUGCAUAAUUGGAGUGUGCGGACUGUUUGCUGGCCAGGUGGUCCGUCUGACGUGGUGGGCCGUGUGCCGAGACUCCGUGUACUACACCAUCUCUGUCAUCGUGCUCAUCGUGUUCAUAUAUGAUGAACAAAUUGUGUGGUGGGAAGGCCUGGUGCUCAUCAUCUUGUAUGUGUUUUAUAUUCUGAUCAUGAAGUACAAUGUGAAGAUGCAAGCCUUUUUCACAGUCAAACAAAAGAGCAUUGCAAACGGCAACCCGGUCAACAGUGAGCUGGAGGCUGGUAAUGAUUUCUAUGACGGUAGCUAUGAUGACCCUUCCGUGCCAUUGCUGGGGCAAGUGAAGGAGAAGCCACAGUAUGGCAAGAACCCCGUGGUGAUGGUGGACGAGAUCAUGAGCUCCAGCCCUCCAAAGUUCACCUUCCCUGAAGCAGGCUUACGAAUCAUGAUCACCAAUAAGUUUGGACCCAGGACCCGACUACGGAUGGCCAGCAGGAUCAUCAUUAAUGAGCGGCAGAGACUGAUCAACUCGGCCAAUGGUGUGAGCAGCAAGCCGCUUCAAAACGGGAGGCACGAGAACAUUGAGAACGGGAAUGUUCCUGUGGAAAACCCCGAAGACCCUCAGCAGAAUCAGGAGCAGCAGCCGCCGCCACAGCCACCACCGCCAGAGCCAGAGCCGGCGGAGGCUGACUUCCUGUCCCCCUUCUCCAUGCCGGAGGCCAGAGGGGACAAGGUCAAGUGGGUGUUCACCUGGCCCCUCAUCUUCCUCCUGUGCGUCACCAUUCCCAACUGCAGCAAGCCCCGCUGGGAGAAGUUCUUCAUGGUCACCUUCAUCACCGCCACGCUGUGGAUCGCUGUGUUCUCCUACAUCAUGGUGUGGCUGGUGACUAUUAUCGGAUACACACUUGGGAUCCCGGAUGUCAUCAUGGGCAUUACUUUCCUGGCAGCAGGGACAAGUGUUCCAGACUGCAUGGCCAGCUUAAUUGUGGCGAGACAAGGCCUUGGGGACAUGGCAGUCUCCAACACCAUAGGAAGCAACGUGUUUGACAUCCUGGUAGGACUCGGUGUACCGUGGGGCCUGCAGACCAUGGUUGUUAAUUACGGAUCAACAGUGAAGAUCAACAGCCGGGGGCUGGUCUAUUCCGUGGUCCUGUUGCUGGGCUCUGUCGCUCUCACCGUCCUCGGCAUCCACCUAAACAAGUGGCGACUGGACCGGAAGCUGGGUGUCUACGUGCUGGUUCUCUACGCCAUCUUCUUGUGCUUCUCCAUAAUGAUAGAGUUUAACGUCUUUACCUUCGUCAACUUGCCGAUGUGCCGGGAAGACGAUUAGCACUGAGUCGCGGCCCCUGGGAGCUGAUCUGGACACCCUGUGACACUGGCGUCCUCCUCUCCCCUCCUUCCCCCACCACAGGUCUCUCCUGCAUAGGCAGCCACUGUCCGUUCUUUCACACACUGGAAGGAAGAGCCAUCGUGGUCUUUGUCUGGCCACAGGCCAGGCUGCUGGGCAUCCUUCUCCUCCUUGGAGUUCCGCCCCUGCAAGGCUGGAUUUGGGGGCCAUUAUCUGAGCAGCUUCAAAGACCCCUGAGCUGCCAACCACGGAGAUGUGCCAAGCAUCUCAUCUCUCCUGCACACUUUAGUCAGAAGGACUUCUGCAUGCAGUUUGUCUUUCUGUUCUGCAGGCAGCCUCAGAAUUGAGGUCAUUUGUGAGCACGAGAUCUCAUAGGGCAGGUGCAAAAUAGGAAUGUUGUUCUCAAGUGUCACCUCCAGCCCAGAGGUGGUUCCUUAGGCAGCAUGUGCUCCUGGGAGCCUCUGACUUUUGCUGGAAGCACCCACAGUUUGGAAGGGGCAAGACCUCAACCUGUUGGGGUUUAGGGCCCAUGAUGGCAGACAUUCUACCCCUUUUCCUGGAAAAACUGGAAGAAUGAAAAUAAUUUUUUUCUGUGGAAGAGAGAAAAUGAGUGAAUAUUCUUCUCACUUUUAUUGAUGCAUUCAGAGAAUAAGCAAUGAAAUAUUAAAAAAUGAAACAUCAUAUAGGUCAUCAUACUUGAAAAUUAUCAUUCCAUAUGAAAGGAUCAUGAUACACACCAAAAAAGUAAUGAUCGUAAAGACACAAAUCCUCUGUACGCCAUCUUGCAUUGGCACUGAGGUGUUUGGUUUGGAAUAGGGAAAAAGGUAAGAGACUAACGUGGAAAGGUGCUAACUCAGAGACUGGAGAUUAUAGUUUACAGCUGUACUUUCCAGAUCUUCUAUGUGACACAAUGCACUGUCCUUGUGGGUUUGUCAUUUAUUGGUUAAUGCUCUAGUUUCAAAACCACCCUGUUGAAAGUUCCAGUUAUUUAUAUGCCCAACAAAUUUCAUAGCCUGCUGAACUGAACUGAGUGUGUCAGAAGUGCUGGUUAAUGACGAGAAGAGAUUGCCUGAAAAACAACAAACUGCUUUCUGGUUAGCUGAAGGCAAGUGUGAAAAUCAGAAUUUAGAAUAUUUAGAGCUAAGCUUCUGGAACCACGUAGUUUCUACACAUGGCAGGCCAAGAAUGGGAGGCUGCCUCAAAACUAGAUAGAAAAAUAUAAAAUAAUCUUCGACCACUUGAUAGCUCUCAAAUAUAUAUUUAAAAGAUUUAUGAAUACAAACCAUUUAUGGUUUAUGAUUUCUAAAAAGAAAGCACAAUUAAUUUUAUAGAGAGGUUUUUUAUUUUUUUAAUAUUUCUAUUGCAAAAGUCUAUCCGAUUUGAUGCACUUUGAAUAUUGAGAUAUUUUGCACGGAUGAAUGUAUGGGAACUACCCAUGAUGAUGUAAGAGGAAAGAACAUUUUUUUGUGAUUCACCAGACAUCACUUUAAACUUGGUGAUGAGUUUAAAUCCAGUAGCUAAUCCCUUCCUGAGACUCAAAGAUCGUGACCCUGGUUGGAAUUUCUGACUGUGCUCUUUAGGGCCUCCUGAGUUUCAAAAGGAGGAAGUGUUCGUGCUUGUGUCCCUGAAGUUCCCUGUUGCAUGAGCCUGCGACAGGACCUCACCCCCCACCACCGGGCUUCUAUUUGGGAUUCACAUCAGUAUUAGUAUCGUAGCUACACCAAGUUCAGGCUUCUCUUUUUGUUUUUUUACCUAGAAAUUGGGCUCAGUGGUCUUCAACUUGAGGACGAGGGUGAUUUUCCUAAGAAAUCAGCAAAGAGGGAAGGCAGGGACCCUGUAGAUUCACCAGUAUAAACUUUAGCUGCAGGGAUUCCAGAACCCUCGGGACCACUCUGUCACCUUAAUAGCCAAGUUCUCCUGGUUCCUCCGAUCUUACAGGCUCAUCCAGGUUCCAAAGUGCUUCUGUCUCUGUUUUGAUUCUCCAAACUGCUCUGUGAUGUAUGCAGGGAUUAUUCUCCCCACUUAACAGAAAGUAGUGUCUUGGAGAGGUCAAGGGUCUCUAGUUCAAUGGCCAGUCAUAGCAGAAGGGAGGCCAAGCACCAGUCCAUCACCCCUCCCAGGCCAGCCUCUGUAAGUUGGCCACACUUGGGGAGUGAGUGUGGGUAUGACUUUACCCUCCUGGUUGGUUCUUACUGUUUGAGUCAAAACCUCAUCAAUAUAUCAUUGACUCCUGGGUUCCUCAGGUCAUUUCCUAAUAUCUGUCCCUAUCCAAUGCAUCUAUUUUAUCUUGAAAAAAGGACCAAAAAUUAUUUUUAGCUAUGACAAGGCACAGGCCACGUGGCCCCUGAUGGCGUCCCCGCUGGUUUUCAAUUCUCUGAAGCCUUGUGUAGCUUUCAGAGCACACGUAUCCUAAUUACCCUCCUCUUCCUCAGCAGAACCCAUUUGAGAUUCUAAAUGAAUACUCUUAGUCUCUAAAGUUGCAGUUAGAAACUAAAAUAAUGUUUUUUAAUAUGUAAUAUGCUCCUCUUGGCUAAUUUUCUUUUGACUUUAAUGUGCCAAUGUAACUUCCUUUAAAGGAUCUAUGCAUUUAUUAAAUCUAGAAAACUAUAUGUACACUGUAGGUGGAAAAUUCUCUUUUUUAACUAAAUAUUUUUCCAUCACAAGUUUAAAGAAUUGCAUGAUUAAUUAGGCUUUCAUUUUUAAAUUACGCUUUCAUCACUACGCAGGAUUACUUUAUUUUAUUCCCAAAGCUCAUUAGCAUGGGAUAAUUACUCUGCUACAGAAAUAGGCAAUUUAAAAAAAUGAAUUUAGCUCUUCUCAUUGGGGGCAGAAAAGAAAAAAAAAACCAUUGCACUCAGAUGGAAAAUGCCUAUAGACACAGGAGCAGGUGGUUCCUGUGGACUUCUGCUUUGGAAUUUUGCCUCACCAGGUCAAGCGUGGUUAGGGUGGAAGGUGUCCAGUAUCUUGAAAACCUGGCCCUGGAGGAAGGUUCUGGGUCAGCUGCAAUGAGAGACUGGUGAUUAAGGGCACCGUGGGCAGGACACAGUGCUUGCCUUACCCACCCCAUCCUUCCUGUUACCCACAGUCUGCUGGCCUCCAUGCCUCUUCCCCUUGUCACUUGUGUCUCCUCCUUAUGCACAGAGCUGGCUGCCCUUAUGAAUUUUCUUUUCUUUUUUUUUUGAGACAGCGUCUCGCUGUGUCACCCAGGCUGGAGUGCAGUGGUGCCAUCUUGGCUCACUGCAACCUCCGCCUCCCAGGUUCAAGCAAUUCUUGUGCCUCAGCCUCCCGAGGAUUACAGGCGUGCGCCACCACACCCAGCUAAUUUUUGUAUUUUUAGUAGAGACGGGUUUUCACCAUGUUGGCCAGGCUGGUCUCAAACUCCUGACCUCAGGUGAUCCACCCACCUCGGUUUCCCAAAGUGCUGGGAUUACAGGUGUGAGCCACCACGCCCAGCCUGCCCUUGUGAAUUUUCACCUGCUCCUUACCCCUCACCUGUUAGGACUGUUUCUUGCUUUUGCCCCUGUCGGUCCCCUGCCUUAACAGACCCAAGCAGCUGAUAAUGCACCAAGCUUCCGUGACCAGGUGGGGUGUGUCUAUCACCCAAGGGCAGUCCUACAGACCCUGCAGUCCUACAGACCCUGACCAAAGGCCGUUCCUGGGCGGCCCAGGGUCCAGGUUUCUUCCACCUGCUCUUCCCUGUUAAUGGGGAUUUGCAAGCCUAAUCGCAUCAGCAGGAGCCCAUCUCUCAGAGAACCCGGACUCCCCAAGCAGACUGGGAUUUUGGGAAGGGUGUGGGGGGUGUCAUUGCUGGAUACCCAUCUUUCUGCCUGUCCUUUCUCCUCUCUGAAUCCUGGGGCCCCUCUCCCUCCUUAAAGCUGGAGUGGACAGAGGGACAGGAGAGGGACAGGAGAGGAUCAGAGCUCAUCCCCCCUGGGAAAGAGCAAGAGCGAAUGAAUCCCAGCGCCAGCGGCUGAGGCUGCCUUCCGCGCCUUCCCUCCAUGGGGGACGGGCGAGUGGGGCUUAGGAAACUGGAACAGGGAAGGUUCUGUUGCCACACUUUGGAACUUUCCCCCUGGGAUUCAGCAGUUGAGAAGCAGAGACCUUUCUGCCCUGGGUGAAUGGGUCCUUGGGGGAGGGGUUGGUCUUUUGUCUCACAUCCCCAUCUUUCCUUUCCUUCUGGGCCAUGCUCCUCCCUGGCUGGAAAAAGGUGGCUGUGCUGUCCCUGUGAUCCACUCUCAGCAAAUGCGUGUGGCUCAAAUAAACAAAGAACUUACCUGUUAGAGUGAAAAUCCUCAGGAGAUUGUACCCAAAUGCCAUGCUCUAAAUAUUCAUGGUCUCUCUAAUGCCCUCCAGACGUGAUUUCCAUGGGAACCAUCCUCCCCUGGGGGCAGUUAGCAGGAGUACGUGGGGCACGUGAGGUGGUCCUCCUUUCAGCACACCGUGCCCAUAGAAACUUCUAGAAAUUUCUGAAAAUGCUCUGUGGGCAGCUCUUGGGUGGCAGUAAGUCCGUCAACCCCCAUCUACACCGGGCCUGAAGCGCUGCGCUUGCUCUCUUUAUGUGUGUGCACCCGAAGGAUUUCCUGGUCUCUGUAGCUGAUCCUGUGAGCCCCUCAAGCACGAAGCCUCCCUUGGGGCUUCUCAAAGCAUGGAGAGGGGCCCUUCCUGUCCUUUGGGAAAAUCUUCCCCACUGUGUCAGUUAUAUGGGAACAAGAGUGAUGGGGUCUUUCUCUAGGCCUGUGCCACAGGACAGAGAACACGGGAUUCUGCUGUUCGCUUUGAGCCACAGCCUUUACCAGCCCGGCUUGUGUGGGGGGCCCCUUCGCCUUGCUGCAAAGAGCUGUUCCCCAAAGGGCAUAUCCAUAGGGUACAGGUUUUAAAAAGGCCUUUUUUUUUUUUUUGAGACAGGGUCUCGCUCUAUCGCCUAGACUCAGUGCAGUGGCGCCAUGUUGGCUGGUUGCAACCUCCACCUCCUGGGUUCAAGUGAUUCUCCCACCUCAGCCUCUCUGGUAGCUGGGACUACAGGCGUGCGCCACCAUGCCCAGCUAAUUUUUGGAUUUUUAGUGGAGAAGGAGUUUCACCAUGCUGACCAGGCUGGUUUCGAACUCCUGACCUCAAGUGAUCCGCCCGCCUGGGCCUCCCAGAGUGCUGAGAUUACAGGCGUGAGCCACCGCACCUAGCCAAAAAAAAGGCAUUUUGAUUUAGGUUGCUGUGUUUGCUUGUUGAUAAAGAAAACUCAAUUGGGACACUAGUUUUGUGCUCAGCUUUAGGCCGGGUAGCUAAUGGGAGGGUGUCCAGCCUGUCACUGUGCUCCCAGCGCAAGGAAAUGGGUGCCCACCUGGAAUCAGGAGAAGAGGCUUUUCCCUCCUGUUCUGCAACCAGGGUGGAGCUAUCUUUCCAGGGAAGCCAGCUGAGAGGUUUUAGGGCUUUGGUUAUUUUAUGGGGGUUUUAAACCUCCUAACUUUUCAAUGACAAAUGGCUCCCAGGUGCCAUAGUCUCUGUUAAAUCCUCAAACAUUCACAAGCACACACUGCCAGGGGCACGAGUUGUCUUUCACCUGCAUGUUUCUAAGGCUCUUUAUUCAAUCUCACGGUGUCAGUGUCCAGUUGUCAAAGUUAUGAAUCUUCCUCCUGCUUCUUAACAGGGCUGACAGUAUACUCUCGUCUAGUCUAGGAACAUGUCUGCUGCUGGGAUACCCUGGUACCAGGAUUUGAGGGCCACGGGUGGCAUCUCUGAGAGCUGAAAAUCCACAGAGUGCCUGUGGGAAAGCCAAGCCCUUGGCUGUGUGGCUUUUCUAUCCCUUGGAUUUACAGGUCUGGGAAUUGGCUGCUUCUUAGUUAUAACCCCAGUGACAAAUGCUGGCUUAAGCCACACCUGUUCCCACUGUUGCUAGAAUUCAAACAGUUGCUUUUUUUUUUUCUUUUUGAGAAAGGGCCUCACUCUGUUGCCCAGGCUGGAGUGCAGUGGCUCGAUCACAGCUCACGAAAGCCUCAAACUCCUAGGCUCAAGUGAUCCUCCUGAAAAGUAGGUAGGACUACAGGCACAUGCCACUACAUACAGCUAAUUUGUUUUCUUUUUUUUUUUAGAGACAGGAUCUCGCUGUGUUGCCCAGGUAGGUCUUGAACUCCUGGCCUCAAGUGAUCCUCCUGCCUUGACCUCCCGAAGUGCUGGAUUACAAGCGUGAGCCCCUGCACCCGGCCCAAGCAGUUGCUUCUUUUUUUCUUUUUCUUUUCUUUCUUUUUUUUUUUUGAGAUGGAGCCUCACUCUGUCGCCCAGGCUGGAGUGCGGUGGCGCGAUCUCCACUCACUGCAAGCUCCGCCUCCCGGGUUCAUGCCAUUCUCCUGCCUCAGCCUCCCGAGUAGCUGGGACUACAGGCGCCUGCCACCACACCCAGCUAAUUUUUUGUAUUUUUGGUACAGACAGGGUUUCACUGUGUUAGCCAGGAUGGUCUUGAUCUCCUGAUCUCAUGAUCCGCCCACCUCGGCCUCCCAAAGUGCUGGAUUACAAGCGUGAGCCACCGCGCCCGGCCAAGCAGUUGCUUCUUAUGCAACAUGUUGGUUGGGACUUGUCCACGGGCCAGGCCAAUAAAAUUCUUAAUCCUGCAGAGAGUCAGUACCCUCAUCACCCCAUCACUGGAAAACAAAUGUUUUAAGCUAUCAAGAGAGGGAAUGUGCAGCUUUUGGUUUCUAGAUGCAUGGUUUGGUGUGAUCUACCUUUGUGCCUAAAGGGAAUGUCCCAAACAACAGAGCCUUCUUUACUGUCACUCCAGAAUUCUCUACACAGAAUUUCCCAAGUCCAUUCAGGACAGACGCGCAGUCCUCUUUCAAUGGAAGAAGAGAGGACUUUUCCCCUCCUGAAAAAUGACUGGAGUGUGAACAAGGCAGCUCUGUUUUUCCAAAUAAGUUGUUCUUGUGAGUUUUUUCUGGCCACUGGGCAUCUCUGCCCUCACUUUUCAUCCCUGCCCUCUAAGCUGCAGACCCCAUGACCACACUGUCUGCUUCCUUGAGCUUCCUGCACGAGGCUUGAACCUGGGGGACCUGGAGACCCUGCGGACAGAACUGUGGCUGAGCCACUGUGACCAACUCUUGGGGAGCUCCACAGUGUGGGUUGCUGGUCUGUGAGGCUGAGUCUCCAUUUCAGAGCACAUACUCCCUGGCAGGGCGCCUCUGCCUGUGUCUCCUGCCCAGCAGCCGCCAGCAGGGAAUAGUUGCUGGUGUCUGAGCACAAAGAGAGCUUUGAUUACCUAGAGAGGAAAAAGGCUGUCAGCCAGAUGCAGCCAGGCCCAGGGGUAGAUACAGGAGUUGCUAAGGAAGGGGCCGAGCCAGGAGAGGCCAGGCAGAUCCACAAAGCCCAAGGGGAUGCAGGCUGGGUGUGGUUUCUGAGGGAACCUACCAAAUAGCAGGUAGAUGGAAUCAGAGGACUCUUGUGUCCUGAAAGAACCUCCUUAAAAACAACUAAAACGAAGAACUUCUGGGGCUAUUCACACAUUGUUCAAGUCACCCCAAGAUCGUUCUGGCACGCUGAGCUGAACACCACCAUCUUUGUUCAUUCUCUCUCUAAUGGGCAAAGCAGGAUCAUCGAGUUGAAAAGUUGUAAAUAAUGAGUAUAUUUAUCCCGCUAUUUAUUUUUUCAAUGACUGUGACCUCCUGCACUGUGAAUGCUCUGUGACAUGAGAUUCUUAGUUUAAUAAAACUGUCAUUAAAUUUGAA